CUCUUCUCUCCUCGUUUCCAGGAAGAGCUCUGUCUCACCCUCAACCCCCUCAAUCCCAAUCCCAAGGCAAAGAAUCCCCAGCCCCAACGAAAAUGGACAAACCCAGAUUCGUAAUCCCAGCCUCAGAAGCCGAAUCCAUGGCCCAAGAUUCCAACCUCACGGUCCCCCAGCUCCUCCCCACGCUCGUCCCCUCCGCCAAGAGCCUCGCCCGCCCGCCCAUCUCCCGCUACCACGUCGGCGCCGUGGGGCUCGGCUCCUCCGGCCGCGUCUUCCUCGGCGUCAACCUCGAGUUCCCCAACCUCCCCCUCCACCAUUCCGUCCACGCCGAGCAGUUCCUCCUCACCACUCUCUAUCUCAAUGCCGAGCCCCGCCUCCACUACCUCGCCGUUUCCUCCGCCCCCUGCGGCCACUGCCGCCAGUUCCUCCAGGAGGUCCGCGACGCCCCUGACAUCAACCUCCUCAUAACCUCCAGCUCCGACCCAUAUACGCCCUUGUCAAACUUUCUCUCCCACCGGUUCGGACCCCAUGACUUGCUGCCGGAGGACGUACCUUUGCUCCUGGAGCCACACCAUAAUAAAUUGUCAUUUUUGAGCGAUACCCAGAUAAAAUUAUGCAAUGGGGUUUGUGCGGUUGGCGGUGAAUUGCGAUACGCGGCUUUGGAGGCUGCGAACCGCUCCCACGCGCCGUACAGCGGGUGCCCGUCCGGCGUGGCGCUCGUGGACUGUGAAGGGAAGGUGUAUACAGGGUCGUAUAUGGAGUCUGCGGCGUUUAACCCGAGCAUGGGACCGGUGCAGGCGGCGCUGGUGGCAUAUGUAGCAAACGGAGACGGCGGUGGGUAUGAGAGGAUUGUUGGGGCGGUGUUGGUGGAGAAGGAGGAAGCUGUGGUGAAGCAGGAGCAGACGGCGCGGCUGCUGUUGCAGGCGAUUUCACCUAAGUGUGAGUUUAAGGUCUUCCAUUGUAGAUCGGCUUAGAAUGAAUGGUUAUUAUAAAAAUGGCCUUUCAUUUGGGGAUUGAUUUGGUUCAUGAAAGAUUUGAAUUUGAUGCAUGGAUGGAUGGUGGAGGAUAUGAUA